CAAACCCACACUCAGGGUGAAGAGAGAGAGACAGACAGACAAAGCAAGCAAGCACGCUGUAUCUGGUCCAGAGCCUGAGUUUGUAGUUUAGUCUUGUGCUGUGAGAGAAAGCGAGCGAGAGCAUGUCUGCUGCUGUGACUCUAGCGCUGCUGUUCUUCUUGUCUGUGGCACUGAAUGAACAGGUGACCGAGGGCUGCAGAUGUGUUCAAAGACACCCGCAACAGCAGUUCUGCUCGUCUGACGUAGUGAUUCGAGCUAAGGUCACUGGAAAGGCAAACUGCGAACACCCUGGAUUAACUGCUUACAACAUCCAAACUAUCCAGACUUUUAAACAAUUAGACAAGGGAAUUCAGGUCAUCUACACAUCUCAAACUUCAUGUGGCAUCAAUCUGGAAAAUGGCGAGUAUCUGCUGUCAGGACAUGUCAAGGACGGCAGGGUCGUUGUUAACUUGUGUGACCUUGUGAGGCUUUGGAACAGUCUCCCCUCAGAUCAAAAGCGGUACCUCAGCAUGCGUCAGAAAGUCUGUACCUGUAAGAUCGUGCCCUGUACUGGAGCAUCCUGUUUGAUCAAGAUGCGUCGUAAGUGUCUGAUAAGAUCCCAAAAUGUAGCUGUUAUUGACGAUCAAGACGCUCUUCAGUCUAUAUGCCUGCCAUACGGCUACUUCGGCUUCUGCAGGUGGGAGAAAAUCGCUACAACAGCUCUCUGAAGACCAAGUGCAUCAGCCAUUCGUCAACAACUACGUACAAAACACUGUUCCUGGAGAUUUGCAAUUAACCAUUAAACUCUUUUGUGUGAAAAAGCGUCUGUAUUUUAAUGCGGGUUGUAUGUAGGCAUGUGCAGCAAUGCCAGUAUCUGUAACAGUCACAAAGUUAAUUCGUAUCGGUAUUUGAAUGAAACCAGAAGUAGGCG